GGACAAUACAGGAUACCCAAGUGCAGCUCAAAACUCAAGUUAACUACCAACCAUGCUUGGUUAUCUAGCCUUUCCGCCACCCACCCCCGGUCUCCGCCUAGACACGAACACCAUCCCCGCCCCCGCACCGCGGGACCUCAGCCCCGCCACAUCCCAACCGGACUCGAGCCGCGCAGCGGCACGCGCCACGUUCGAAGAAGCGCAGCGCACCGCCGCGCAGCUGCGCGCACAGACGCGGGCCGCGGCGCUGGCGAGCGAGGUCGAGUGGGUGCGCGCGGGGGGGACGCUGCGCGACGCGCAGGGGAGGCGCGACAAGGUGCGUACGGAGCGCAUACGCGCGGAGCUGAAGCUGCAGGCGGAGGAGCGCCGUGUGCGCGCGCGCUGGGAUGCGCAUGAGCGUGCGUGGGGCGCGCUUGUCGCGUCCGAGGGCGGGGUGGCGUUUGGGGAUAUACCGUGGCCUGUGCAUGGGCCGCUGCCGAUGCCCCCGGCGGAGGGUGCGGCGGGUAUGCUUGGGGUGGAGGCGAUUGCGGGGUUCUUGUUUGAGAGUCUUGGGUUGAGAGGGAACACGGUUAGCAGGCGGGAGAGGAUCCGUGCGGCGCUGCUGCGAUGGCAUCCGGACAAGCUGGGCGGGGUCGUGGAGAGGGUCGUGCCGGAUGAGUUGGAGCUCGUCAAGGACUGCAUCAACGCGGUGUUUCAUAGCCUCAAGAAGAUGCAAGAGCAAGAGCGCAAUGCACCUCUCUCCCUCCCACCUUCCCCAUCUCUUCUCCCCCACCUCUCUCCUUCUUACCUCUCCCUCUCCUCCGCCGGUCCUAUGGGGCCUGGUCGGUCUGCACAUGCAGUGUGGGACGGUGUCGGCAGUGGUCGUCUCCGUGCUGCCGUGUUCUCGCGUCCCCACGUCGUCAGCGAGCUUUUGCUGCUGCGACUGGCGCUUCGUCGGGAACGCGCGCGCACGUCGAGCCUGCUGCCCGCACCUGACCGCGGCGCAGACCGCCCGGCGCUGGCCGGGUUUACCACCUGCUCGCACAGCGGGAUUGUUGAUCUCUGGAGUGGCGAUGUGCUCGGCUGGACCCAUUGA